AUGGGAAUAGAUCAAUUUCCAUCGCCGUUUAAGGUAAAACCACUUAUUAAAAAACAAAAACUGGAGACCCCAGCUCAAUCUGAAAUACAUACCCCAUCCAAAAGUAAGGUAAUUGAGAAUUCAAGAACAAUAACAAGCAUAGAGCAUGAUAACCGACAGGAGGAUGUAUUAUCUUGGAUAGACGACUUAGAUAGUCGUAUAAAACGGACUUUAAGCCGACAAUACAUUGAAUCCAUAGAAUUAAAAAAUCAAACAAAUAUGGAGGACAUGAGAGAGAAGUAUAGGCAAGUUCCUUUUGAUGAUUCUUUCAGGAAACUCAGUUCUAUUUUGAAAAAAGGAAAUGAGGUUGAUUCAGAUCAAGAGGCUUCAUAUGAAGUUGCAGAAGGAAAAUUACCUACGGAUAAUGAGGAUGAUGAGAUGGACUUUUCCGAAGAUGUAGAAACAAACGAAACCCCUGAGUUAGAAUCUGAAGGACAACUGGAUGAUGAUAUAAUAGAAAUUAUCUCCUCAGAGAGAGAAGAGGCUUUUGAUUCAGGUAAUAUUUCUAAUAAUUAUGAAGAAAAUGAACAAGAUGAGGAAGUAACUCCAGGAUUAAAUAUAAACGCUUUGCGUACACAAGGUGUAACAUACCAUAUUAAAAACGGGAGACCAAGGUUACUGGAUAAUUAUAUGAAUAUUAAUGAUAGUGAACAAAAUGAAAAGUCUGAAUAUAGUUCUGAAUAUAGUAAUGGAAAUGAUGAUGGUAUUGAUAUCGAUGAAACGAAUGGAGAUGAGGAUGAAGACGAAGAUGAGCAUGAAAAUGGUAAUGAAGUGGAGUAUGAAGGUGAGUAUGAAGAGGAACACGAAGAAAGACGCAAUCAAGAUGAUAGCGAUGAUGAAAUAAUUAUUCUCGAUAGUGACGAAGAGAACAAUAAUACUCAAAUUAAUAAAGAAAAAAACUUCGACUCUGGGUCCAACCCAGCUAGUUUUAGCUUUUAUGAGGACCUGGAGAAUGGAAUUCAAGAUAACUUAAGUAAUGGAGUAGACCACGAGGACAAUGAGGAUGAAGAUGAAGAUGAAGAUGAAAACGAACAUCAAGAAUAUGUGUAUCCUAACAAUAACUUAGAAAAUAACAGCUCUAUUUCACUGGUAUAUUCCAACCAGGUUGAACUCUUGAAUGAAAAUAAAGUAAUAGAUGAAAAGGAUAAUUUAAUGAGUUUAGCAGAAGCAGUUCUCAAAGAAUCUAAUGACAUGUCAGAUGAAAAUUCAUUCAUGACAGCCCGUGGUUCAGAUAGCUUAUAUCAGGAUGAUAAAUCAGGAAUAGCUCAAUAUUCCACAAAUAUAAAUAGUGGUUACACAGCUGAUUAUGAUUCUACGGAUGUCAACUACCAAGCCGCUAAUCUCUCUGGAAUUGAAGAGGAAAAUAAAGAAGUAACAGACCCAGUAGCCCAUACACAUGAACCAUUUUUAAAAGAAGACUCGGUGUCCAGUGAUUCGAUACAAUUAGUUGAUGAUUUUGAAAAUAUUUCUGAAGGCUCAUUAGCCGAUGAAGAACAAGAUUAUGAAGAUUCUUCUAAUAAUGACAGAGGAUUCACUUUGAAUAAACACAAAAUAUAUGAACAUUCAGGAGCAUAUGAAAUAAAAGAAGAAGAGAGCAAUGAAGACAAUUAUUCGAUUGAGGUGGAGCACAUUAAUGAGGUGCCAAUAUUUAAAACGGUAGCAGAAGAAGACCCUGAAACGGUUUUGUUUAAGUUGAAAGAGGCCGAGCAGAAAUUCCAUAUUAGGUUGAAUUCAAUAAAGUGUCUCGAGGAUGAAUUAAUUUUGAAAAAUGGGCAUCUUCCAGAAUCAUAUAUACCUAACCAGUUUGUCGAGGAAGACCAAAAUGAUAUAAGUAGCAAUAAAACAUAUGGAAAGGAAGUGGUGGCUGAUUUUGGAUCUAUUCCUAAACCUAUACCUAAACCACUUUUACAAGACCUUUCAAUAUUAGAUGAAACUACUAUUCUUGAAACAAUGAAUGAUGGAGACAACAAAGAGGGCUCUAUAAGUCUGCCAGUCUUAAAACAACUCGAUGAUGGCAAAACUGUUAUAGACGAGACGAGUAUUAUGGAUGAUAAUGAUAAUGAUCUGCAAAAAGGAUUUAAGCCAGAAUAUGUUUCAGGACCUAUUUUGGGACAAAUAGGCUUGGACCAAAGUGAUAAUACACCCGUAAAUGAUAUAGAAGAAAGUAAACAUGAAGUUUUUCAAGGGCCAAAUUUGAAUCCAAUUUAUUAUGACACACCAGAGGUAAAAGAUUCAACAUAUAAUGUUAGUCAUGAUGUGAGGCAACAUGAUACAGACGGCGAUGAAAUAGACCAUAUCCGAGGGCCACUUUUGGAUCAAAUAGAUGACAAUAAAUCACAGACUAAUGAUAUAAUCAUGAGUAGAAUGGAUGAAGAAAAGGAAUGUAUUGAUGUACCGGCGUUAGAAGAGCAUGACUCUGAUCAAUCUAGAAUUUAUAACACCACUAUGAAUGAGAUGGAAGUUGAUAUGAAUGAAAAUAUAUCGAACGACGUUUUGGAACAUACUGAAUCAAGUCAAUCUAAUUCCAACGAUAAAAUACUCGAACAAGCAGAGCAAGACGAGAAGUAUAUUAAUGUUCUAUCAUUAGAACAAGUUGAAGCCGAUCAAUCUAGAAUUGAUGAUACUACUAUGAAUGAUAGUGUGGAAGAGAAUCAGGAAUCUAUUUCUACGCCAGCAUUAGAACAAAUUGAAAUCGAUCAAUCUAGAAUUGAUGAUACUACUAUGAAUGAGAGUGUGGAAGAGAAUCAGGAAUCUAUUCCUACACCAGCAUUAGAACAAAUUGAAUCUGAUCAAUCCAGAAUCGACGAUACCACUAUGAAUGAGACAGUGGAAGAGAAUCAGGAAUCUAUUCCUAUUCCAGCAUUAGAGCAAGUUGAAGCUGAUCAAUCCAGAAUUGACGACACCACUAUGAAUGAGACAUUGGAAGAGAACCAGGAAUCUAUUUCUACGCCAGCAUUAGAACAAAUUGAAGUCGAUAAAUCUACAAUCAACGAUACCACUGUGAAUGAGACAGUGGAAGAGAAUCAGGAAUCUAUUCCUACGCCAGCAUUAGAACAAAUUGAAGCUGAUCAAUCUACAAUCAACGAUACCACUGUGAAUGAGACAGUGGAAGAGAAUCAGGAAUCUAUUUCUACGCCAGCAUUAGAACAAAUUGAAGUCGAUCAAUCUAGAAUUGAUGAUACCACUGUGAAUGAGACAGUGGAAGAGAAUCAGGAAUCUAUUUCUACGCCAGCAUUAGAACAAAUUGAAGUCGAUCAAUCUAGAAUUGAUGAUACCACUGUGAAUGAGACAGUGGAAGAGAAUCAGGAAUCUAUUUCUACGCCAGCAUUAGAACAAAUUGAAGUCGAUCAAUCUAGAAUUGAUGAUACUACUAUGAAUGAUAGUGUGGAAGAGAACCAGGAAUCUAUUUCUACGCCAGCAUUAGAAAAAAUUGAAGUCGAUAAAUCUACAAUCAACGAUACCACUGUGAAUGAGACAGUGGAAGAGAAUCAGGAAUCUAUUCCUACGCCAGCAUUAGAACAAAUUGAAUCUGAUCAAUCCAGAAUCGACGAUAUCACUAUGAAUGAGACAGUAGAAGAGAAUCAGGAAUCUAUUCCUAUUCCAGCAUUAGAACAAGUUGAAGCUGAUCAAUCCAGAAUUGACGACACCACUAUGAAUGAGACAUUGGAAGAGAAUGACAGAAUCAAUGUUCCGAAGUUAAAGCAAAUUGGUGUCGAACAGUCUGGAGUUGCAGAUACAACAAUUAUAGAAAUGAAUAUUGAGCAGGAUGAUAAUGUACCUAACGAUCUUUUAUCUCCAGAUAUGGAACAGGUUGAAUCACAUGAAUCAAUAAUUGAUACUCCGGAUGAAAUGGCGGAUGAUAAUCAAGGUCUCUUAAAUUCACCAAAGAGUGAAGUAAUUGAACAGAGUAAUUUUGGUUUAGCAACUGAUGAGAUCCAAGAAAUGAAGGAUAAAUUAUUACCAGAAGUUACUGAAAGUCUUCGUGAAAAGUCAAUAAGCGAAAUGCUAUAUCCUUCAAUUACUCAAGAACUUGAUGAUAUACAUAACGGACAUGAUGAAUCAAAAAUUGAUAUUGAGACUACGAUUGCAGAUAACGAGGUCGUUAAUAAAGAUAUUGACGCAAAAUAUGAAUCUUAUACUGAAAAAGAAAAGAACGCAUUGGAUCAAAUUCCAAUAAAUAUAGAUAAAAAUGAUAUUGACCUCAAUAAAGAUGUUGAGUUUGAUACUUCAGAUGAAUACGAGAAUAAGCGAAGUUUGUCUUCGGAACAAAUUGUAGAAGAACCUCAAGAAGCAGAUGAAAAUAUUAUUUUCGAAUAUGAACAAACCACUUAUGUCAAUGUCAUGGGGGAUGGAAUUCUCCAUCCAUCGUAUAUAAUGGAACCAAUUGAAGAACAACAAGAAACCCAGCUACCUGAUUAUAUUGAACAACUAGAAAUAAUCACGGGCACAUCGGCAAUUGACGAUAUGGAAGUCCUUGAACCUUCAACAAUCAUUGAACCAAGUGACACCGAAACUGAUCGUGCCGAACUAAUCAAUUCGGCAUUUGAACAACAAUUUGAGAUAAUUGAACCAACAGGUGUUUUGGAACCACCAUCAAGAAGCCAAACACCUAAAUUGUCAGGAACUCAUCGUGAAUCAAUAAAUGCUGAAGAAAUUUUUGAAAAAGGAUCCAGCAAAGGAUCUAGAAAGCGAAAUCGUGAAUCUGAAAGUUUUGUCAGGUCUAAACUAAGAAAGUUGAUUUAUAAACCGUUUCAGUGGCUUUCAAAAAACCGCAAAUCAUCUCCAAUAUCUCCAACCCAUAUUGAAGCUCCAAAAUUGAGGCCGCUUGAUGACAAUACUGCUAAUUCAUCACUGAAUAAAAAUGCACGGAAGCCGAUUCAGAAAGAUGCUGAUAUAAAACCCGAUGACUCUGUGGAUAAAAAUAAAAAGAAGUAUUAUGAGUUGAUGCGUCAUUUGAAGAGGUCAGUAGAUUUAAAAUCCAGCGAGGUCGAGAAAAAUAAUUUAAAUAACCUAGUUGAUUAUGAGAAAGAAGAAGAUAAUUCGGAUGAUCAUAUGAUUGACGAUGAAGAUAAACUGGACUACAGUGCCGUGAAUGAAAAUGAACCUAGUAUUAAUGCUCCAACUAAUGUUAAAGAAAAGACUUUUGAAGACGAAAAUCUUGAGCAAAGCAUUAAUGAAAGUCAUGCAAAAAACAGUAGUUUCGCAACAAAUUCUGAUUAUAACCCUCCAUUUACCGAAUUAGAAAUUAAUGAUUCAGCUAAAAAUCUGAAAUCAACAAAGCAGAGAAGCACCAGUACAAAAUCUAAACGCCCGAGAAAGGUAUUAGGCUUAGAUAUGUCUGAGGCUCAUAUUGAGCCUGUAAGGUCCUUAAGAAGUGGUCAUAAAUAUGGCCCUGAAGAAAAUGAUCAUCAGACCUCAGAUUUAUUAGCCUCGCCAAAUAAGACAUUGAGAUCCAAUAAAGAAUUACCCAAACUCCGCAUCAAUAAGCGAAGACAUCUAUCCAAUACGAAAGCGUUGGAUAAUAGUUCACCUAUUGAGAUAGAUUCUAAACAAUCACUGCCUUCAUCAAGAAAAUCAUCAGGUUCCAAAUGGGUAGAAUCACUGCUUGAUCAUCCGGCAUUGAGGACUCGUUCGAAAUCACCUUUGAAGAGAAGUAUUUAUCAGAUUUCUUCGGACUUAGAAGAAGACUCCAAUUUACCAAGAAGGAGUAGUAGACUUAGACAUCCCAACGAAAAAUUAAAUGAUGAUGCCGCUCUUGAAAAUGAAAAUACAGAGGCAGAGGAAGAAGUUAAAAGAGGAAGACCAACAAAAAGACACUGA